CCUUACAGGCAGCAGCAGGUGUGUGCCUCUAUCACCAUGGGGAUGCUGGCGCCCACUGCUCUAGCCCCUGGGCUGCUGAGCCUGUUCCAGCAGCAGCUAGAUUCCCUCUGGAGUGGCCUAGCCAUCCUGUUCUGCUGGCUGAGAAUACUACUGGGGUGGCUAGAUCCUGGAAAGGAACAGCCACAGGUCCGGGGUGAGCCCAAGGAGACCCAGGAGACCCAGGAAGACGGGAACAGCGCUGAAGCCACAACCCCGGUUAGCGUCAACUACCACUUCACUCGUCAGUGCAACUACAAAUGUGGCUUCUGCUUCCACACAGCCAAGACAUCCUUCGUACUGCCCCUGGAGGAGGCUAAGCGAGGACUGCUUCUGCUCAAAGAGGCUGGUAUGGAGAAGAUCAACUUUUCAGGAGGAGAACCCUUCCUGCAGGACAGGGGAGAAUACUUGGGCAAGCUUGUGAGAUUCUGCAAGGAGGAGCUAACCCUGCCCUCUGUGAGCAUAGUGAGCAAUGGCAGCCUUAUCCGGGAGAAAUGGUUCAAGGACUAUGGAGACUAUUUGGACAUUCUUGCUAUCUCCUGUGACAGCUUUGAUGAGCAGGUUAAUGUUCUCAUUGGUCGUGGUCAAGGAAAAAAGAAUCAUGUGGAAAACCUUCAAAAGCUGAGGAGGUGGUGCAGGGAUUACAAGGUGGCUUUCAAGAUCAAUUCUGUCAUUAAUCGCUUCAAUGUGGACGAAGACAUGAAUGACCACAUCAAGGCUCUGAGCCCUGUGCGCUGGAAGGUUUUCCAGUGCCUCCUUAUUGAGGGUGAGAACUCAGGAGAAGAUGCCCUGAGGGAAGCAGAAAGAUUUGUUAUAAGUGAUGAAGAAUUUGAAGUAUUCUUAGAGCGUCACAAAGAAGUGUCCUGUUUGGUGCCUGAAUCUAACCAGAAGAUGAAAGACUCCUACCUUAUUCUGGAUGAAUAUAUGCGCUUUUUGAAUUGCACCGGUGGCCGGAAGGACCCUUCCAGGUCCAUCUUGGAUGUUGGCGUGGAAGAAGCGAUCAAAUUCAGUGGAUUUGAUGAAAAGAUGUUUCUGAAGCGUGGCGGGAAGUAUGUAUGGAGUAAAGCUGACCUGAAGCUGGACUGGUGAGGCUGAGCCUGGAAGGAGAGUCUGACCAGCUAUGGGGAAGUCUACAUGUAGCUAUCCUUCACCACGCUAUAUCUUCUGGCUGUCUCUGGACUAUUGUUAUUAAGAAUGCAGUCUGUUUUUUUUUUUUUCCAGUUUCACUGAAAUAUGAAAGGAGCAAAAUCAUUCUGUGACCACUUAUACAGUGGAUAAUUACCCUCCACAGGGAUAGAGUUCAGUUCACAGAGGAACAAGGUCCAGGAAUCCCAAAGAACCAACAUUUCCUUUGUAUUUGAAUUUGUAUGUGGAUUUUACUGUGAAUCCCAUGUUUCCUUUUCCCCUUUUGUUCCCCUUGAGAAACUGGGUUAUUUUUUUGCUAACUAUGCUAGUUUUGUCAACAGGAAACAUCACAAAACACACCCUCCAAUUACAGCUGACUUUUCUAAUGACUAUUCUGCUUUGGAAUCUUGGACUUUCUACUCAGAAGUGUAGAAUCGAGACAUAUCCUGUAGAGCCAUAAGUGAGAAUCUUACUCUUUUGCAAGGAGCAUAUGGAAGGAGUGACUUCCGAGGACAGGCUGUUCAUGGCCCCAGCCCCUGAUGCUGCUGCUUCAAGAUGGCUGUUCUAUACUGCACCAAUUCCUUCAAGGUUCUUGACAAAGCCAAAAUAACACUUUACAUUUCAUGGUGUGGCUAUGAGGAUGGCACUUCUGCAGCUGCAACUGCCCUGGCAUCGAGGCUGCCUGAGUCUGUCGUGCUAAAACGUUGUUACACUUUUCUGAAAAGCUCCAAGGCCCAUGUGGCACAUCUAGAAGAGUCAUGGAGGGAUGGGAAGGAAGGAUUCUUUCAGGAAUAUAAGAUGUGGCUGCCUUGGUAUAAAUGUGCCUGCUAUUCAUUAGCAUACUUCUCAAGAAACUCUGAAACAAGAUCUAGUCAACAUGAGAAAAAGCAACAACAACAAAACCCCGAAAACAAAACAGUUCCCUCUAUACACCAAAAAGGCAAAAGACAGAAUGUGAGCUAGACAAAAUGUCUUCCUUUGGAAGCACUGCAUAAGUUUAUUAAGCCUAGAUAGUGCCUCACUGCUUGGAAAUUAAUUUCCUACCAAAGAGUAAAACCAUAGAAAAUUAUUUUUAUUCAAGAAAUUGAACUCCCCUGCAAUUCCACGGUGGCCACUAGAGGGCACCAGGAAGUCUGACUUAAUUAAGCAUCUCAGAAACUGCUUCUGAGUCUAUUUUUAGGACUUGGUGAAUUUUGGUUCUGUUCCUUCGUUGUUUUAUUUGCUUUUGUUUUGGGGUCUGUUUUUGGUGCUCAUAUUAAUACUAAAAAUUUCCUAAGAAACUGGAAUUUUUGGUAUUUACUCCCAAAAGAUGUUCAUACUUUAGUUAGGUCACUAUAUUUCAUCUGAGACAUACUUUGUCUCAUUAAAAAUAGGUCAGGUUUUCUGUGUUUUCUAUUUUGUUUGUUUGUGUGUUUAUUUACAUAUUUUUUGCUUGACUAUAGAUAUAACUCUGUAGUUCCAGGCUGGCCUGGAACUCAUGAUACCACUGCCCUAACUGCCCCCUCUUGAGUGCUAGGGAGUCCACGUGUAUAUUAGCCAACUCCUAUAUAGAUAUUUUUUUUAGGAGAAAUUUGAGUCACAUUCCUCUUGAAGCUUGUGAUAUAUUUUAGUUAAGCCAUGUCUACCUAGUUCACCUGGGAAGUCCCAGAGGACGUGGUCAGACACCCACUUGGUCAAAUGACAGGAAAGCAAUCUUGAAGCUUCGGUCCAGCCUUCUGAAUUGGAGUAUAUUCUCUCCUGGCUGAGGGAAGCUGCAUGUCUCUUUCCCUAAUUAAAGUAGAACAUGAAGAGAGAAUGCUUGGAAAAUGAGCCAUUGUUGUAAAUGUACCCCUGACCCCUUGUGCAUGCACAGGAAGUGUGAGAUCUCUGUGCUUAAAAUAUUCAAAAAUCCCCUUUUCCUAAAGGAGAGAAUUAAGAUAUUUUAUUAUCACAGUAAAAAUCAAACUUGUAUUAGAUCAUACAUUGGUUUACUUUUUCAGUGUUAAAUCUGGGUGUCCAUUUUGUGAAGCAUAUGCUCUCUGCUGGGCGAACGAGGAGUGAUCUAAUUGAUGUUUGUGAAGUGUUCCAGGCAGGUAUCUUCUGUCCCAUGAUUAACUGAUGCAGAGCAGUAAUACUGUGAAGAGGGAUUUACUUAAGAACGUUGGAGGGUAGGACAUCCCACACUGAUUUUAAAGCCUUUGGGGUCUCUGUUAUAAUGUGUUCAAUGAUACAUUCAUGGGCUGGGUUCUUUUAAACUGGGAGCUACAUGGUGUUAUUUGGCUAAAUUAUCUGAAAAAGAAAAAAUAGGCCCAGGUUUCGAUCUGUGCUGGAGUUUGGGGUCUAAUUGUUGCAUAGAUAAACAGGCAACCAAUCAAACCAAGCAGCAGUUAGCUCUUUAUAGCUGUAAUUUAGCUCAUGCCUUACCCUCUUGAUGGAUUGAUGUUGUUUCAUAAGCUAUUAUUAGGCAAAGAACAAUCAUGCAGGCCUCAUGUGAGUGUGUCCAGAUGAGAUUUAAUGUUCAGGGAUAUGUGUGUAUAUGUAUCUCCCUAUAGAAUUACACUGUGUUUUAAGGCAUUGCUCUAAUGUAUGGUAAUAUGAUCUGGGUAUUAAAAUGUUCUACCCAUGGCCUAA